AUGUGGUGGCUCCUCUUUACUGUUCUCUUCGCACGUUCUGAGCAAGAACAACAACUACCAGCAAAUACCGAAUCUUCACACAAUGCAGGCGGAAUAUAUCAAGUAGAAGUACGAACAAGUAUCGGCAGUAUUAAAUAUGAAGAUGGCGAAAUACUCAUUGCACAGAAUCAACAGAAGCUGACCGACUUUUUCUUCACACCAUUCCCUCGCGUACAACCAGAAGAAACAGAAUGUCACGACAGCAUAUCGAGUGGACGUAUUGAACUGGCACUUCAAGUCGAACUCUACACGUCUCAACUCGUACAAGCUGUCUAUAACUAUCUUCAUAAACAUCAAUCUGCUCUUUGCGGAAAUACAACCUCCACGUCUUUGUGUUCGGUUGCUCUGCUACCCAUGAAUUCAAUUCGACUUGUUCAGAAGGACACGCCUUCUGAUGAUGCGAAACAAAAAUAUAGGCUGAACGAAAACUGGCAAUCUGCUACUAUGCGUCUUCGCUCCAUGGAAUUUGCCAUUUAUUCUUCUAAUAUGAGUGUAUGUGAACAAUUCCGUCGAAGUAUUAUGGAACGGUGCCGCAUGCAAAAUUACGAAGUGCACUAUUCACUCUACGGACAAAAGACGGUUCAGAAAAGUUUGGAAGUAAACACCGAACAUAUACGCCACACGGCCUUAUACAAUCAAAUACGAGCAGAAUUUCCAACAGUCGAAAGUGUGGUUCUCACCGGUGGGGAUUUCAAAAAUCUCAUUACUGAAGCAUCCGAUCGUACUACGAUGACACUGAGAAUGGAAGAGGGAUUCGAGAAUUUGGCUGAACCAACUUUGAGCAUUGAAAAACUGCUCGAACGACAACUAUCUGCUCGACAGGUCCAAUUGGAUCAAAUAAAUGAUAAGCAAUGGGAGAGUUUAUACUGGACAUCCGAGUUGACACGACCCGACCGUCUUGCCAAAGUACUCAAUACAAUUUUCCGCAAAGAAGAUGGUGCGAACAAUCGUUUCAUCUAUGACCAACAAGCGGCCAAAGCAGCUAUGAAAACAGAUUUAACUCAGCACGACAUCGUGCACUUAGGCGCGAAUGAGUAUGACAUCUCGAAGAACGUCGGCGCCUAUUUCAACAUUGAUCGAGCUGAUCUAACUGAACACACUAUAGAUCAAGGCAAUUCUGUUGCACAAAAUUCCGAUGAAGCACAUUUAACUCAUCAUGAUAAACUACGCUUAGAACAAAUGGGCAAACUGUUUGAUUCACACGAUCAAUCAAGUUCAUCUUCUCGUAAUUCACAAUCGGGUGGUGGUGGAAAAACAUCCUUAAACGUAUUUGGUUUAUUCAAAUUUGGUGGUAGCGGUGGUGGUUCGAGCGAUUCACAAUCGUCAAAUACAGACAAUCAAAAGAAUGUCAGAGACCAUGCACACGGGAAAACGGUGGAUACGGAUUUGCUGGAUAUUGAGACACUUUCAAAAAGUGUGAAGAAACAGGAAGAAGAUCAAGCUACUUGGAAUAAUCGGACAGAAGAAAAUAUCAAAAAUCUUAGCAACAAAGAUUUAUCUCCAGUUACCAAAUGUACAUCGUAUACAUCAGCGAAUUGUACAGCGGUCGACGUCAUUGGUGAAGUUGAAUUAGAAACAAAAAUAAACGGUGAAAAGACACAUGUAAAAGCUGAUGUAGCAACAAAUUUGGUAACACAAAUGUUACUGGGCUCAGACUGGAUUACAAAAAAUAGGGUUAUUAUUGAUGGAGGGAAAAAACAAAUAAUAGUCCCUAGACGUAGUGGUAAAGCAAUAACAACACCAUUCAUCGAACAACAUGAAAUUUUUUAUCCUGUGUUGCUAAUUAACCAAACAACGAUGCCACCAUUUUCAGAAUGCAUUGUAGAGGCAUCAGUCCAAAUGAACAACUCAAACUACGCUUUAUUUGCAUCGACUGAAAAUCUCGAUAAAAAAGGUCUGUUUACGGCCAAUGCAUUGCUCAACAUUAACAACAAUACCACUAAAGUAUUAAUUAUUAACGCAAAUAGUCGACAAUUUACAUUGUCAAAAAAUACAAAACUGGGACGAAUAUCAAAUCAAGUAGAAUUAACAGUUUGUUUAACAUUACCGUCGACAUUAAGUAACAGGAAAAGGCAUGAUCACAUAAAUCAAUCCUCUGAUGCUCUAUUUAAUCAAUCACAUCGUGCAUACAAUCCAAUUAAGAGGAAAGAUCCUAGAGAUCUAUCCUAUAAUACAACAUCAAAACUUUCAAUUCAUCGAUGUUAUGUAUGUAAAACGAAUUUUUUGUCUGGGAAUGAUCUACAACAUCAUCUACGUGAACAAUGUUAUCCACCGCAGAUUCGAGUACAUGUUGAAACCAUGACCAGACACAUACAAGAUGUAGAACAACGGGAACAAAUACAAAAUAUUUUGUGGAAGCAUGGUAAAUUAUUCGAUACU